AUGGAGUCCACCGCAAAGUGCGUUGACGCCACCUCCCGCUGCCUUCGACUUUUCAAUCCUACAAGGACAAUCACGCAGUCCAAAGGCAUGACUACGCUAUCAAAGCUCUACGGCACAGGUGCAGCACCCCAUGAAAGAGUGGUCACCUUUCUUACGCACAUCCGUGACGCAUUCGACGGCGUGCUGCCUGUAGAAAUCGCGCUCAGCGGCGGACACUGUCUCCAGAAACUAGACCCAUCCGCUGCAGAUGAGUACCUUUUAGCUUUCAUAACGGACUGGUUAGCGCUAGCAGCUGCGGCAGACGAGCAGGCAGAUUCCUUCCGACGGCGCUUUCGCCACAUACUUUCGACGGACAACGCACAGAAAACGUUUCACCUCCAUUUUCGUGCGGCUGUGCUUCUCCAGAUCGAGUGCGCCGCACAGUCCGGGCACAAGCACGUCUUCGCAGCGUACAACACGCAGGCGAUGGAUGCUAUUCUGACCCCUUUCACUCGAGGGGAGCUACAAAAGUACGAGGCCACGUGCUGGCAAGAGGCAGCGCGGCACCGCGAGGUGGAAAGUGUGGUGGCUGUGCCUUUUGUGUCUACAGCCGCCGCCUCGACGAUGUCGUCUGCACUCGCCCCAUACAAGCAACAAGGGACACAGUGGGGCACCUCGACUGAGGUGCGUCGAGGAGGUGCAGUCGCCCCAUCGUCCUCCGGAAUGGCAAACUGGAGGCAUGAUGCCAUCCGCAUUCUUGUCUUUCUCCUCCUGGCAGUUCUGCUUCGCUUUGCGUGGGGACGGCUGGCAAGGGCGCUGAAAAGACUCCUGCAAAUCACACGCGCGGCACCGGCACGCCAGCGUACCUUGACACUGUGA